GGCCGAAGCUCACUACACUCAUCCUAGAUACACUACCCCCGAGCACAGAAAGGACAUAAAUAACGAAUUAAACACUAUCAAUAUCUCAUCAACAUAUCCACCUCAUUCGUAUUCGUCUCGCCACCAAGAUGUCCCUCUCAUCCUGCUGCCUCACCGGCUUCACCUGGGACGGUACCCCCGCCGGUACCGUCGGCAAACUAUGCAACAACGACACCUACAUCGCCGGCAAAAACCCCUCGGCCGCCAUCCUACUCGUCCACGACGCCUUCGGCUGGACCUUCCCUAACGUCCGCCUCCUAGCCGACCAUUACGCGCGCGAAGCCGACGCGACGGUCUACGUGCCUGACUUCUUCGGCGGCGAGAUCCUCUCGACACAGCUUUUGCUCGAGGGCCGCUAUGAGGAGAUCGGCAUCGCUGAUUUCAUCAAGCGCAACGGGCGCGGAGUGCGCGAGCCCGAGAUCUUCGACUGUGCGCGUGCUUUGAAGAAGAAUUACGAAAAAGUCGGCGCGAUCGGGUUUUGCUAUGGGGGGUGGGCGUCUUUCCGAUUGGGCGCGAGGGAGCAUCAGCCGCCAUUGGUGGAUUGCAUUAGUAUAGGGCAUCCGUCGUUGGUGGUGACGAAGGAUAUCGACGAUGUGGCGGUGCCGGUGCAGAUUUUGGCGUCCGAGAUUGAUCAUAUUUUUACGCCCGAGUUGAAGUUGUACAGUUUUGAGACGAUUACUAAGGUGGGGUUACCGUUUGAUUAUCAGCAUUUCUCUGGGGUGGAACAUGGUUGUCUUGUGAGGGGAGAUGAGAAGAAGGAAGGUGAGAGGGAGGCUAUGGUUAGGGGGAAGAAUGCUGCAGUUGCGUGGUUCAAUCAGUUUUUGCAUGCAAAUUGA